GUCCUGCGCGCCCCGUGGCCGACGUUUUGGAUCUGUCAAGCUGGUGUCUAAUAAUGUGACCGUUUCGUCCACUAGCACCUGUGCGGUAGCCUGUCCGAAUCCCCAAAUCAUGCGAAAGCCGGAGGCUAUUGACUGAGGUCUCGGUGAAGGAGCUGUGCUAGCAAGCAAUCGGAUUUCAUCAAUUGCAUGCUUCCAUCCUCCACCAAGUACAUGUACUGUAUGGAGUGCGGCAGACGUCAAGGUGAUGCUUUCAGUCGCUGUCGUCCCUUGUCGUAUCGGCAUCGCAAUGGUACGACUCGGGCAGCACGCGAAAUGACAUCAACAGCAGCUUUCGUCUGGUCUCGCUUGGACCCGAUUAACCUGCAUACCACCACUCGCCGUGUUAGGGCUUCGUUCGCUCCCUAUGCUAGCAUUUGUGCUAAUACUUGGUGCUACUACGAGUACUGGUACUAUCACUUCGUACUCUGGCCUGCCCAGGGUGCCAACGAAUUUCGUAAUACCGUUGGCGCAUGUCGGCUCGCCCAGACCUCGCGACGGCCUACCCGCACUUUACCAGAGACGCAGAUGCUGGCACGAACUCGUACGAGUGCAUUGAGGCGGGUGAAUUCCAGCACCUGGUGCAAUUACAAGCCCUUGCGCAGCGUCGCAUUCAUACUAAUCCAUGGCUUCGCAGCAAAGGGACCAUCUAUUUUACGAGAGUAGUGUCAAGAGUUUGAGCACUUG